ACCUACCGUUUAAAUAACCCCGCCAUCGGCUACCUCAGCUCUGUACAUCAUUCUCUAUACUCUACAAAUUAUACACAUAAUUCAUCAAAAUGACAUCACCGCCAAGCUUCACCUACGACGCCUGCCUCGAGGAAUUCAACGUCCCAUACAAGCAAUGGCUCGCCACCAAAGACAAGACCUGGAACGGCAUCGCCUCCGGCGCCAUCAUCUUCCAAGAAGACCGCGUCCUACUUGUCCAGCGCGCCCCCGACGACAGCAUGCCGAAUCUCUGGGAAAUCCCCGGCGGCGCCGUCGACCCCGAAGACGCAUCGAUCCUGGCCGGCUGCGUGCGCGAGGUCUUUGAAGAGACGGGGCUCCGGGUCAAGCAUAUCCGGCGGCUGGUCACCGAGGGCGCGGACGGACCGGAGUGGACGGUGUUUACGAAUCGUACGGGCAAGCGCUUCUUUGUCAAGUUUACGUUUGAGGUGGAUGUUGAGGAGGGCGCGGAUGUGGUGCUCGAUCCGGUGGAGCAUCAGAGCUGGGUGUUUGCUACAAAGGAUGAGGUUGAGAAGCAGGCGGUUGGGGAGCUGAGGAUUCCGUUGGCGACGCCGUAUGUGAGACGGUUGGUUGUGGAAGGGUUCCGGUUGAGAGAUGAGGCGGGGAGUGCGUAGGCACAAAUAUGUAAUUAGAAAUGAUGUAAUGUAACUUUCUAUAUAUACUAUUGAGCGCUAUGUACGAAGUUAUAUCUAAACAUAUUUUCAAGAUUGGUAGUCUGUGUAACUUUCAUGUACAGACUUACUUCCACAAGCGGCCGCGCAUGUCUGCAAUACGUCCCGUAGCCGCAUCAAACGCAGCCCG